GAAGCGCGGCAGCCUCCGGCGGGCUGAGAGGAGGCGGUACCAAGAACCUUGCUGAGCCGCGGCCGAACGAGCUUGGGCAGGUCCGGUAAGCCAGGCCGGACUAAACCACCGGCGGACUUCUCUGGGAGCAUGAGUGCCAGAUUUCACUUUCAACACUUCAUCCCUCUGACUUUUGUGCUGGGACUCCCUGUGGUUGGCUGGCUCCUCUGGCUGAUGGCAUGUUGAAGUACAUGGGCCAGCGGCAGCGAGGGUAUCCAAUCCAGAGGGGGCCACUUUAGAGGCCAGGCCAUCAGCACCAUGGGCCAGUGUGUCACCAAGUGCAAGAAUCCCUCAUCCACCUUGGGCAGCAAGAAUGGAGACCGGGACUCCAGCAGCAAAUCACACAGCAGGCGAGGUGCAGGCCACCGUGAGGAACAGGUGCCACCCUGUGGCAAGCCAGGUGGGGACAUCCUCGUCAAUGGGACCAAGAAGGCGGAGGCUGCCACUGAGGUCUGCCAGCUGCCAACGUCCUCGGGAGAUGCUGGGAGAGAGUCCAAGUCCAAUGCGGAGGAGUCUUCCCUGCAGAGGUUGGAAGAACUAUUCAGGCGCUACAAGGACGAGCGGGAGGAUGCAAUUUUGGAGGAAGGCAUGGAGCGCUUUUGCAAUGACUUAUGUGUUGACCCCACGGAAUUUAGAGUGCUGCUUUUGGCCUGGAAGUUCCAGGCUGCUACCAUGUGCAAAUUCACCAGGAAGGAGUUUUUCGAUGGCUGCAAGGCAAUAAGUGCAGACAGCAUUGAUGGUAUCUGUGCGCGGUUCCCUAGCCUCUUAACAGAAGCCAAACAGGAGGAUAAAUUCAAGGAUCUCUACCGGUUUACAUUUCAGUUUGGCCUGGACUCCGAAGAAGGGCAGCGGUCGCUGCAUCGGGAAAUAGCCAUUGCCCUGUGGAAACUAGUCUUCACUCAGAACAACCCUCCAGUAUUGGACCAGUGGCUAAACUUCCUCACCGAGAACCCCUCGGGGAUCAAGGGCAUCUCCCGGGACACUUGGAAUAUGUUCCUUAACUUCACUCAGGUGAUUGGCCCCGACCUCAGCAACUACAGUGAGGAUGAGGCCUGGCCGAGUCUCUUCGAUACCUUUGUGGAGUGGGAAAUGGAGCGAAGGAAAAGAGAAGGGGAAGGGAGAGGCGCGCUCAGCUCAGGGCCCGAGGGCUUGUGUCCCAGGGAGCAGACUUAGUGGCUCUGUCCCGGGGCAGCAGCAAGGAUCUGCCUGCUGCCCUGCAGCCAACCAAGGCAUUGGACCUUUCUGGAAAUUACUGAAGAUCCGGAUAUUUUCUACUUUACACCUUUCUCUGCCUUGUAUCCGAAAGGGCUCUAAAAUGCUGUAUCAUGUUUUA